AUGUCUACGCAUGGUCUUGUCCAAGCCACGUCACCUGCCCAAGGUGUCAGGCUCAUCACCUUCACCAGACCCGAGAAGCGGAACGCCCUAUCCCGACAGCUUCUCGACGAGUUCCUUGUUGAGCUGGAGGCGGCCUCAACAGAUCCGGCAGUUCAAGCCAUCGUCAUAACCGGUACCGGGACCUUCUUUUCAGCCGGCGCCGAUCUCAAAGACAUUGCCGACCUGGACUCGGCUGGUGCCCGGUCAUGUCGAUACCUGGAGAACUUGUGCGUCGGCAUGACCGCUGUUCGCAAACCAUUGAUCGCAGCCGUCAACGGACCAGCGCUUGGCGGCGGAUUCGAAGUGGCCUUGAUGGUGAGAGAAGAAGAAAAAAGCUACCUUUACCCCGUUCCCGAUGCUGCAGCGAACCCGACCGUUUUGGGUCGUCUCCGCCGCGUUGGCAUUCAACCACCAUGUGGCUAA